CCAGCAAAUAGUACGAGGAAGAGAGAUGACCGACCCAUGCUGGGGAUAUACACUUCCACACCUUGAGGGUCGGGGGAACAGACCUCACAGAGGGAUGAAGUGCGGCAGUGUUCCGUGGCAUAUAUUAAUAUGUAGGUACAUUCUGUUGUCGUUGGUGCUCUGACCUCAGUGCCUCACCAGAGCCACUUCAGUUGCUCGCUCUGCUUUUCUAACAUUCGUUCUGCCUUCGUGGUCUCUGCGGGUACCUUAUCAAGGCCCAGCCAGAGCACCACGAUGAUGGGGUCCCUCAGGAGACUGAUGGUCUCCCUGGUGGUGUUACUCGAUAGUACCACCAUUUCCCUCGCCCAAGUCGACAAUCAAUGGGAGGCGCUUGAGGGCCCGGCGCGUGUCGCGUCCUUCCCGCCGGAGUUCCAGCACGCACCCCCUGAGACACCCGAGUACAUGGUGGACAAUACGGGCAACAAGCGAGGCGUUGCUCCCAACAAAGGACAAUACAAUGGCCCCGUCUGGCGCGAGUCCGGCAGCUUCGAGAACUACAUGAGGAAGCUUGCCGAGAGGAAAGCGGCUGGUCUCGUUCCCAACUCCACUGUAACACACACCAACAGCAGCACGCUAAAAGGCCGCCAGGGGGCCAGCUUCUGGCUCCCCACAUUAGGGCCGCUAGGCAAGGCUCCCCAUGCCGGAGAUGGCUAUGUUUUUUAUCGAAACGUGCUGGACUACGGCGCCGACAACACGGGCGCCACCAACACCGAAGAGGCCAUCAAUGCCGCCAUCGUCGACGGCAACCGGUGCGGCGAGGAGUGCGGAAACACGUUUGUCCUUGGCGCGCUCAUCUACUUCCCGCCCGGGACGUACAAGGUCUGCACGCCCAUCAUCCAAUACUACCUGACGCAGUUCGUCGGCGAUCCGCACGACAGGCCUAUCAUCAAGGGCUGUGACGAGUUUACGGGCAUCGCGCUCAUCGACGUGGACCCCUACGUGCCCAAUCGCGCGCAGCCCGACGGCACUGGCGUCAACUGGUACAUCAACCAGAACCAGUUCUUCCGCCAAAUCCGCAACUUUGUCUUUGACCUUAGGGAGAUGCCGGCGGCCACGGACGAGAACGGGCAGAAGCUGGUGCCCACGGGGAUCCAUUGGCAGGUCAGCCAGGCCUGCAGUCUGCAGAACCUGCGGUUCCGCAUGCCCACGGCAGGCCCCUCUGGCGCGCCGCCCACCCACGUUGGUAUCUUCACCGAGAACGGUUCCGGCGGCUUCGUGUCGGACCUGGUGUUCGAGGGCGGCGCCAUCGGCUGGCGCGUCGGUUCGCAGCAGUACACGGCCACGUCGCUUAAGUUCCGAAACUGUAUCACGGCGAUCCAGAUGGUGUGGGACUGGGGCUUCAACUGGCACAAGAUCGACAUUGAGGGCGGCAGUAUCGCCUUCAACAUUAGCGGUCGCGGCGGCAUCGACGGCCAGGGCAUCGGCUCCGUGUCCAUCAUCGACUCGACCGUGAGCAAUGUGCCCAUCGGCGUGCUGACCAACAACCACGCCACCGCGCCGCCCAAUAUUGUCAUCGACAACACGGCCUUCAACAAUGUCGGCGCCAUUGUGAUCGUCGAGGGCGGCGAGACACUUCUUCCUGGCGGCACCACCAUCGUUGGCCUGUGGGCCCACGGUCGCCGCUACAUCGGUGGCCAGGGGGAGCGCGUGACGGGCCACGUCGAGAACCGGCCCACGAAGCCCGAGCCACUGCUCGACGGGGAGGGCAAGCUCUUUACGCGCCUGCGACCGCAGUACGAGGACCUGCCGGCGUCAGCGUUUCUCAUCGCCACGGAACACGGCUGCCGCAACGAUGCCACGGGAGACAAUACGGCCGCCAUCAACGCGUUCCUGCAGCAGGCCGUCGCGGCCGGCAAGGUCGCCUACUUCCCCGCGGGCAUCUACUCGGUGCAGGGCACUGUAACGUUCCCGACCGGGUCCCGGAUCCAGGGGACAGGCUGGUCGCAGAUCCAGGCCACGGGCAGCUACUUCGGCGACAUGGCCAACCCCAAGGUCGUGGUGCGCGUCGGCGAGGAGGGCGACGUGGGCGCCAUGGAGAUCGUCGACAUGCUGUUCACCGUCAAAGGCCCGACGGCGGGCGCCAUCAUGAUGGAGUGGAACGUGCACGGAAGCUCCCAGGGCGCCGCGGCGCUGUGGGACUCGCACAUUCGCGUUGGCGGCGGCAUCGGGACCAACCUGGACAUCGCGACGUGCCCCAAGUUCAGCGAGAACGACGUGUGCAUCUGCGUCUCUAUGCUGCUGCACGUCACCAAGCAGGCGAGCGGCUACUUUGAGAACUUCUGGGCCUGGGUCGCCGACCACGAUAACGACAUGUCGCUGUACUGGGAGCUGGACUCGUCAAAGUCGCAGAUCUCGCUGUUUGGCGCGCGCGGCGUGCUGAUCGAGUCGCAGGGCCCCGUGUGGAUUUAUGGGUCUGGCAGCGAGCACGUUAUCUUCUACCAAUACGAGAUGCUUGGGGCCAAGAACGUCUACCUGGGCCACAUCCAGACUGAGUCCCCCUACUUCCAGCCCAAGCCCGUCUCGCCGUCGCCCAUGGAUGCGGCGCUGGGAGUGUUCCCCGGCGACCCGGACUGGGCUGACUGCACCAAGGAGACGUGCGAGAUGGCGUGGGGCUUGCGCAUCAUUGACUCAGAGGGUAUCAUGCUGCACAGCGCAGGGCUGUACUCUUGGUUCAACAACUACGGGCAGGCGUGCCUCAAGACCGAGAACUGCCAGCAGCGGAUCAUGGAGGUGCGCGGGUCCAAGGACGUGUCCAUCUUCAACAUCUUCUCCAAGGCCGUCGAGGAGAUUGGCACGGGUAACACCGAAGAGAGCAGCAUCCUGCUCUCCGACGGCAACCAGCAAGGCUACACCAGCGAGAUCAGCCUGUGGUUCCCCGAGGACGGCAAACCCGGCGGCGAGGUAGUAUACAUCGGACCUGAGGUGUACACGUGGCACACAGCGCAGUGCGCGUCGCCGCCGUGCGUCUUCGUCAUGCCGCACACAUCGCUGCGCAGCCCGACGACCAUCGCGGUGCCACCCUACACCACCGAACUCGAGGUCGGCGCAUCGCAGGGCGGCACCUUCACCGUGACGACGACCGUCGUCACCAUCACCAUCGGCACCGUCGUGACCGACGUGCUGCCCGUGUCCAACCACAACGUUACGCGCGGCGAGUCCCCGGGCGCUCCCUUCUGGGUCACUCCGAGCGUGACGUUUCCGAAUGUCGGCAUACCCGUCACCAAGCCCAACGGCGUGGUGACGACGCGCAAUGUCACGCUCCCGCCGUGGCCGCAGAUCAUGACCUGGCCGGGGGGCGGCGGUGGCGGUAAUGGGUCGACGGCAACCUCGCGCAGCAGAACUACCUCUGGUGGCGGGACCCGGCCCCCCUACACCGUAACGUUCCCGGACUCGACCUACACCUCGCCCGGCGUCUUCUUCACGUGCCCACCCAACACGCACUAUGUGCCCGAGCACGACGCCGUGAUCACGCUGAGCGGCUGCGACGAGGUCCAGGGCGGCACGACGCUGCGCUGGGACUGCCCGGCCACGAGGACAAUUGAGAUCGACGAGCCCACCACGGUCGACUUCACGCUCGGCUGCACGCGCUGGACCGGCGUGUCGGAGCCCACCCCGACAAUGACCGAAUUCCCGCCGGGCUAUGAGCUCGUGUGGGAGGAGGAAGAUGGAGAGGAGGACGACGAUGAUGAGACGUCGUCGUGCCGACUGUGGUUUUUCUUCGUGAGCCAUCAUUUCCAGCCUUUUUGUUUCUUUUUUGAAUCUUUAGGCUGA